GCCCUCUGGUGGCUCUUUAAAUCUCAGUCUUCGCAUUUUCUUAUAUUUUUCCUCUGAGUUUUCUCUAGGAAAAAUGUCUUUCCUAGCAAGGAUAUUGCGUGAAAAUGGUAAAACAUCCCUCCUGGCAUCCCCACGGUACCAUGUUGUCUUCUCCUCAACGCAGGCAGAGCAGAAAGAAUCAGAAAUCGAUGAUUUCCGCGUGAUAAACUUGAGAAAUGUUAAGGAACAAAGGGUUCAGAGGCAGGAAGUAAAGAGAUUCCCCGUGCCACCACCAAGAACUGAACAAAUGCCCGUUGGUCAGGAUUGGGGAGCCGUAUGGCCGGGUCCCAGGACUUUUCAUCCAGCUGCUGUGCCUUUACCUCUGCGACAGGGAUGGGUGCCAAAGGGAAAAGCACCCCCAAGUAAAUUUGUCAAUACUGAACUGAUGAAAAUUCCAAAUUUCUUGCAUCUCACCCCGCCGGUGAUUAAACGGCAGGCAGAAGCUCUCCGGAAGUUCUGCACCCCAUGGCCUGAGCAAUUGCAAACAGAGAAGGACAUUGAGGAGCAUUUCCCAGUCAAAGUCAUCACAUCUGACUACUGCCACGCCCUACCAACUAUCCGGAAUCCCCUGGCGAGGAUAGUUAGUAUUCAGCUGAAUCUAUCUCGCCUCCCCCUUGAUCGACAUGCAAAGGAUAAAUUCCUGAGGCUCGUGGGAGAUCGGUAUGAUGCAGAAACGGGUGUCCUGACAAUUGUCACAGAUCGCUGCCCACUCCGGAAGCAAAACUACGAUUAUGCAAUGUACCUCAUUACGGCACUUUUCCACGAGUCCUGCGUGAAGGAGCCGUGGGAGGAUUUAAAGGAAGAAGCUGACAUGGAGGUCUACAUCUGGGAGAAUAAUAAAUCCAAGCAGAUGGCUGAGAACUUCGUUAAAUGGGGCCAGAAGGAUGCAGCAGAAUGCAGCAUUUCCUCAUCCUUCAAGACGGCCGUUGAGGAUCUAAUCAAUGAGGGUGAGAGCGAUGAAACACUUACAAAAUACAAGGAUGCUGCUUUGGAGCUUCUCCAGCUAAACCACACGGACGCAAAAGAGCCGGAAAAAUCAUUAAAGUGAAAUUAAAGCGCCUCCCGUAGAAUUAUUUACUCCAACAUAAUUUUUUUCUUUGAUUUCCUGAGAUAUUGGAAUUUCUUGGGGAUUUUCUGGAGAAUCUGGUGAGUUUCUCGGAAUAUAAAUUUGAAAUUUUAA